CCGCCUCCUAAGUGCUGGGAUCCUGGGUAACACACCUGGGUUACCCUGUUUUACAGAUAUUUAUUUUGACACAAAUUAAGCCUGAAAUUGUCUUUAUGUUGUUUAAAUCUAGUAUUAGGUUUUGAAAAGUGCUUGAGCCUCUAUCAUGUUUCAUUAGAUUUACUAAGUGCACAUUAAGUGCUUUCUCUAGUGCUAGGAAUUGAAGGCACCCAUGGGAGGAGUAUGUGCUAAUUAAUACAUGACAGUGUUUUGUAGAAGUGUGGGAGAAUUAAGAGAAAUACAUCCGUGAGGCUUUGGGGGAUAUUUGAAAUGGAGAUAGCAUUAUCUAUCUAAAUGGAAAUACGUUGCCCAUGAGGAGGUAGGGGCUGUAUUAAGCAUAGGGAAGAGCAGGUGGUAAGGCCCAAAGAAGGAAAGAGCAUUUUAAAAUAGAAAAGAGGCCUCUGGCCAGCUUUGGCCUUGCUGUGGAGUUUUGGAGUUCAUCCUGGCAGCGGGCGACUAGGGGACUUUCCCUUAAACUUUAAGGCAAAAGCGUUUUCGAUUUUUUUUUUUUUUAAUUUCACACCCUUUCCUUUGGGGCUUUUAUCUUCAAAACCUGAAGUGUUAUUACUUCCAGCUGCAGGCACGACAGGCAGUGAGCAGGUGACGAACCAGGGUUGCGGAUCUCUUUAGUGAGGGAGCGGGCUGCUGGAGAGAUGGCUGUGGUCCACAAAGGAGGCUGGGGAACUAUCAAGGGGAUACCCUUUCAGCUACCACAGCCUUACAGCAAAGCCACUAUCUCUUUGGACUUUGAAAAUUUCUCUGCCAUGCCCAUGACUAUUUUAAAAUUGGGCAAAGUAUAUCCAUUUCAGAGUGGCUUUUUCUGUACUGACAACAGCGUGAAGUACCCGUACCAUGACAGUACCAUCCCAUCCCAUAUACUCGCCAUACUGGGGCUUGGCUUACCCAUUUUCUCUAUGAGUAUUGGAGAAUCUCUGUCAGUUUACUUUAAUGUCUUGCAUUCGAAUUCCUUUGUCGGCAAUCCCUAUAUAGCCACCAUUUACAAAGCCAUCGGAGCCUUUUUGUUUGGAGUCUCAGCUAGUCAGUCCUUGACUGACAUCGCCAAGUAUACUGUAGGCAGAUUGCGGCCGCACUUCUUAGCUAUCUGUAACCCAGACUGGUCAAAAAUCAACUGCAGUGACGGUUAUAUUGAGGACUACAUAUGUCAAGGGAAUGAAGGAAAAGUCAAGGAAGGCAGGUUGUCCUUCUACUCGGGACACUCUUCAUUCUCUAUGUACUGCAUGCUCUUUCUCGCACUUUAUCUUCAAGCCAGGAUGAAGGGAGACUGGGCAAGACUCUUACGACCCACACUCCAGUUUGGACUCAUUGCUUUUUCCGUAUAUGUGGGCCUUUCGCGAGUGUCUGACUACAAACACCACUGGAGUGACGUCACAGUUGGAUUUAUUCAAGGAGCUGCUGUCGCUAUAUUGGUUGCUUUGUAUGUGUCAGAUUUCUUCAAGGGCACACAUUCUUACAAAGAAAGAAAAGAAGAGGAUCCACAUACGACUCUACAUGAAACCACCAAUACAGGGAACUACGCAAGCAAUCACGAGCCCUGAAGGGUACGGGGGAGCUGGCCGCUGCAAAGGAAACAGCCGGAGGCGGAAGGCAGGAAGGUGCAUAUUACUUUCUGUUGUACAGACCAUUCAUUAAAGGACUGCUGCUGUGCCUCUUGGAUGCCCACUUAUGUGUGUAUAUAGUUACUUUUAACACAGUGAGUAACAGUUCAAUUAAAAAAAAUUAAGCCUU